CAAACGUGAGUGAAAAUUUUGAAGUGAAUCGACAAGGUGUUUGUUUUGUGGUAGUUUUACAAUUUUAACGAAAUUAGGUAAAUUGUGACUUUAAAUAAUUAAAAGUGCUUAACAUUGUGCAAAUUUUAAGACGAAACUUAGCAAUUUCAGUUAUAUUUUCCAUAUAAAUUCGCGAACGCAAGAAAAAAAUUGAAAUGUCUGACAAACCAAAGCGUCCUCUUUCCGCAUAUAUGUUGUGGCUCAACAAUGCACGCGAGCAGAUUAAGCGCGAAAAUCCAGGCAUUAAAGUAACCGAAGUGGCGAAAAAAGGUGGAGAGUUAUGGCGUUCAAUGAAGGACAAGUCGGAAUGGGAAGCAAAUGCAGCUAAAGCCAAGGAAGAUUAUGAUGAAGCGGUGAGAGAAUUUGAGGUCAAUGGAGGCAGCUGCCGAAUUUAUAUUCAUACUAGCAAACCCGGCCCGCUUCGCUGGGCACACUAAAAUAGAAUAGAUAUG